AUGCAAGAUGCAUGCAUGUUGUAUGCACUGUAUAACACCUUCAAGGACAGAGCUACCUGGGUCUCCUUCGAUACGGGGGAAGUUGAGCUGGAUGAUGGAGCCACCAUGCCGAGUGUAUUCAGGGAGAUGGUGCAGUGGUGUAAAGCUCAAGUGCUGCAGAUGCAGAGCCAAGGAGGCAGCAACACGCAUGCAGGGUUUGCUGCUGCUGCUGCUGCAGCCCCACAACUGCAGCAACCAGCAGCAACAGAAGCAUCGCCACAGCAGCAACAGCAGCAGCAGCUGCUGCAGCAACAGCAGCAGCAACCGCAGCGAAGUUUGUUGUUUAUGCUGUGUAAAAAACUAUCAAACACUAAAACUUUUCUUCUCUUUCACAGAGAAAGAUACACUAAAGCUGCUGCUGCUGCUGCUAGCAGCAGCAGCAGCAGCAACAGCAGCAGCAGCAGCAGCAGCAGCAAUAGCAGCAGUAGCAGCAAUAGCAGCAGUAGCAGCAGCAGCAGCAAUAGCAGCAGUAGCAGCAGCAGCAGCAAUAGCAGCAGUAGCAGCAGCAGAAGCAAGAGAAACAGAAGAAAAAAAAUGAACAGAAACAGUAGCAGGAGUAAUACUAACAGCAACAGGAUCAGCAGAAACAGUAGCAGCAGCAACUGCAGCAGCAGCAGCGGCAGCAGCAGCGGUAGCAGCAGCAGCAGCAGCAGCGGCAGCAGUAGCAGAGUCAGCAACAGCAGUAGCAGCAGUAGCAGCAGCAGCAGCAGUAGUAGCUGCAGCAACAGUAGCAGCAACAACGGUAGUAGCAGCAACAACAGCAGCAGCAUUAACAGCAGCAGCAGCAGCAGCAACAGCAGCAGCAGCAUCAGCAACAGCAGCAGCAGCAGCAGCAACAGCAGCAGCAACACCAGCAGCAACAACGAGAAUCUGAUUAAAUGUAUUUCUUUGCUUUCAACAAAAAAACAAAAAAACAUACUCAGGGGCCACCGGUUUAGGGUUUAG